UGAGACCUCUUCAGUGUUCUGUUGAUUUUUUCUUGUCGUCUUUCCAAAGGUAACUUUGAUUUUCUCGUGGAUGAGAAGAAAAGCAUCUAAUUCCCUUCCAUGUUAUGGGUAUCCUAAGCCUCAGUUUCAUCUUGGUUUCACUGGGAGAACACUAAAUUAGAAAGAGCUGGCCAUGAAAAACAAAUGUAAAGUAUAUCCACCUCGGCAACAUAUAAUAAUGUUGAAAUGCCUCUAGCUGGCACAAUACCCUCCCAUAUUCCCUGCUGCUGGUGUACUGUUAUGAACGUUUGGACCUGAGCUUUUGAUGCUGUCCAUGCUGAAGGCCUGUAUUCAUUUGUUCGGCCAAAGUCGAGGCUCUCACGAAGAGUCUAGAACGAAAAAAGAAUUUGGAAAUUCCCCUAUCACUGGACAUGCGCUUACAGUCAAAAGAUUUUCUGUCAGGAUAGUUCAUGCUGGUGGGCAAGAGGAGUUGUAUCAACAUGCAGUUCCUGCAUCUCACUUGAUGGAAAAAUAUCCUGGGAUGUGUGUUGCCCGGCCAGAAGUUUUCAGAAAUCCCCAGCAGUCCCUGUUAUGCCCAGAUGAGAAUUUGUUGCCUGGUCACAAAUAUCUUAUAAUACCAUCUACUACUGCUCGGAAAUUGAAACAUAAACAAAUGGAGAAGGCAAGAGUCGAAGGAUAUGCUAAAGGUAAAGAUGAGAUGUCAGAUGCAAAUAUCACUUGGGAAGCGGGUAGAGACAUUUCAGAGGACUCUGUUUAUUCUGCAAAAGAAUUUUAUACCUCCAAGGGUAGGUGCUCAAGAGACCCAAAACGUUCUGCGAGGAAGGGUAUUAAACCAAGGAAGCCUUUUGUACCCCCUCUCCUAAAGGCAAGGAUUUUGCAGGGACCAGGGUGGGAACCAAGUCUGACGUCUGUACAAGAACUUUCACCGUGACUAUUUUUUCUACCUCAUGGCUUGUAUCACUAAGUAUUCUGGUAUGUGGUCCUUCCAGAGUUAUUUUUAUUAUCUUUGUUCUGAAUAGUUCCCAAACAGUCAAUUUUGUUCUUUGGUUGCACAAGAAAAGGGAUAGCAAGACAACAAAUUGAAUAUAUGUUUAUUCAGUGUUCUGCUCCCAGGUUUCAUAACUCUUUUGUGGUUGUGGAAGCUGCGUAAACUCUUUUUCAUUUGCAACUCUUCCAUAAUCUCAGACUUCUGCUAAAAUUGAAUAUUUCUCUGUAUGUUAUUACUUUUGAAUUUUGAACAUUGACACAUUUAAUAGAA